GUUUGGUUUUGUUAGGCCAACGAGUUGCAGACGCCAGCAGCAGCAACAGCAAUAGCAGCAGCCUCAUCCGGAGCAGCGGCAGUCGCUAUGACGCGUGGCCCAUGCCCACGUUCAUGUUGCCUCGAAUAACAGUUAAAGUUAACAAACAAUUGCAAUAACACUAACCACAACAAUAGCCACAAAUUAGGCGCUGACAUGUCCCAUUUGCUGAAGCGCACCAAGAAGUCCUGUCUCAAGCUGCUGCGUAAGAUCUCCACAUCAAAGCAGUUUGUGCAGCGCUUGGAGGACGAUGAAGAAGACGAGGACGAAGAGCCCAAGCUGAAUCUUAGCACCAAGACAGCUCACGAGAAGCAAUACAAAAGCAGCAACAGUAAUCAGAAGAACAACAAACCUAACCCAUCCGUCCAAUAUUUUGAAUACGCCUGCGAAGCCGACUCGCUGGAGCAGCAGGAGCAGCUGGAGCUGGAGGUGCAGCAAACGCCAAUGAAGAACGGCAUAGAGUUCCAGCGAGUGCAGUAUAAAGAGAACGUGCGUUACUUACGUCACACCCCGUCCAACUCCAGCCUGGAUUUGAGCUAUGCGCAGCAUGAGGAGCCGGCGCCAGCAGGUGCAGCAAUGCGGACGCCGCCGGCGCGUAAGCUGCGCGCCUGCAGCGUUAGCUUGGGCUCGCAGUUCGAUGGUCAGUACCAUAGUGUGAUCAUAAUGGAGCAGCCGCCGCAUGAGGAUUAUCCCAUAGUCAAGUGGGACAUCAACGGCAACUCGCUGGACGAGGAGCAGGAGCAGCAGUGGCUGAACUUUGACACGCGCUGGCGUCAACAAGCGCUGCCCGCAGCUAAGCAGCGCCUGGGCAGCGCGCAGUCGCAGCGCUCGAGCCAUCACUCAAGCUCCUGCACGCUCGAGACCUGGAUCGAUGAUGCGGAGCUGGAGUCGCAGUAUCUUUUGCACAACAAUAACAACAACUGUAACCUUUGCCUUAAGAGUUUCUGAGCAAACCUAAAAAACAAAAAACAAAGCCUAACAUUUAAAAAAGCUUACAAACGUUUGACUCUCUCGCGCUGUUAGAGUUUCCAUUUUUCGAUUAA